AUGGUGGCGUGCAUGGACCACGUGACAGCUCUGGGCGCCUGCCCCGACACAGCGCCGCCCCUCUACAUGUGCCUUAAGUGCAAGGAACAACUCGAGAAAAACCAGAGCAACGUUGAGCUCCAAGACGUCCUCAAGCCAAUGACCAACAUCGCGACGUCGUGUGAGAACAAGUGUCACGUCAUCCAGGAUUUGUUUUGCGUCAUCGCCCACGGCACUCCAGGCUCCAGGAUACCUGCAGCCAACCUCCUAUUUUAUUACUGGCCUAACCUCAAUCCUAAGCUUUUCGAUCGCAAGGGAAUGCCGAUCAAGCUCAGCGAACCCGUGCCUAGCAGCGGCAAUGAAAGCAGCCCCGGAUUUUCCGACGAAGAAGAAGACGGUAAAAGGAAAGGCGGGAAUAAAGACUUGAGGCAGUCAGACCCCGACUUGGUCUUGACUUGCUACGUCCUCAUGCUGGACAUCGCCUACAAGCAGAUGGAGGUGCAGAACGUGACGAAGCAUCAACCCAUCACGAGCGGCAUCAGCACGACGAUGUGGCAGCUGUUGAAUAAGAUGUUACGCACCCCUUACCUCAUCAGUCAUGAGUGUCGACAUGAGUGCUCAUUAUGCUUCCUCAUCAACACAUUUUUCCAGCUAUGCACCGAGAUUGUCACGUAUCUCUGCCCCAAACUGCCCGUUGUUAACUCCAGGGUUGCCGACAUUCUUAAGAGCGUCGACGCAGGAGCCGACAAAAGCAAAACCGACGCUGCGCAGGCGAACGUCGCCGACGCCCCGAAAACUUGCGUCGCCAAAGCCGCGUCGCCGACACCCGCUGCCGCCGUCUCUUCUUCAGCGACCAACGGCGCAGCGAACGGCGCUUCGCCGACCGCUCUGCCUCAGGUGGUGACAGCCACGGUAGCCACAGUGAGCGCCAUGGACGUUGUGGCGCACAUGCCACAGGAGCAAGUUAUGGCGGCAGUUGCCACAGCCACAACUUGUACUGAGGAAGAGGCUGAACGGUCGCAGGCGAAUGCAACGGCCGUGGUGGCGACGGCGAGUGUGGUGGGCGAGGACGAUGAGCCCGUGGUGACGACCCAGCCGCUGGAGGAGGACGAGGACGUCUGGGUUACGUCGCAGGGCAACUUCAAGUUCAAGCUCGAGGACCUGCCUGCCCAGCUGCAGGUCGUCUAUGCCCUGCUGGAGCGGCUGUCGCGCAUCAGUGAUGGCGACGAGGUGUACCACAUCUGCCUGUGCCUCAAGUAUCUCGUGCUGCACGGCGAGGCGUUCACGCAGACUGCGCACCAGCACCGUGGCAUGCUGCUCUGGUGCCAGGAGAACAUCACCAUACAUACGUGAGUAUCUCGUGCUGCACGGCGAGGCGUUCACGCAGACUGCGCACCAGCACCGAGGCAUGCUGCUCUGGUGCCAGGAGAACAUCACCAU